GUGGGUUGCAGUGCCUUGGCUUGCGCCGUGCUUCGGAAGGAAGCCACGCGUUGGAGAAGAAUCUGUAAAGCUAUCGUGGUAUUAGCCCCGCUAUGCCAACUUGAUUAAGUAUAUUUGCCGAAUAUGGCUGUGCCCUGACCAAGCCUGUUCAUCGUAUGCCUGUCCAUAAGGCCCUGGUCACCGUGGGCUCGAACACUGCCUCCCAGGGGUCGAGGGUUACAUUGUCAGCGAGGCAUACGUCGUUAUACCUUCGGUUUAGCGCACCCCAACUGUCGCUGUCAAGUACACCCAGCGCCAAGAUAGAGAAUCGGUGGCCCAUUCUUUAAAACACCAGAAGUUAGCCACUCUUCCACGACUCUUCAUAUUCUCAUGGCAGAAUACACCAAGCUGGGGGUGAUCUAUCUAUACCAAAUUAAAUAGACACCUCCCUCCCCCCCGAUUCUCAAUGGCCGUUUGCCUUGGCCGCACUCGGACUCCCACACAAGCAGAGUCGUCGACCACACUCAUUCACAGAUAGCACGCACCCCUUGGCCUGCCACUGGGGCCUCAAUAACCCUCUUUUACUUUUACUUUUACUUUUACUUUUACUUUUACUUUUACUUUCUUUUUUUCUUUCUUCCUUUUCCGUCCUGCUUUACCAAGUUGACUUAUGGAGGCACUGUCUGGCAUCGAUGUACCGCAAUGGCCGUUAGACAAGAAGGACCUCGACGACCUGUACAACAAUGAACCCGACGUCGACGAAGACAAUCACCAAAGUCGGUUCUCGCGUCAGAGGCUUAGACGAAAGUUUGACAAGCCACAUGCCAUAUGGUCUUCGAUUGUGUCAGGUUGGAGAAGCCGCCGCCAUGCACGAACCCGUGGGCCGGUGGCUGCUGAGCCCAACGUUACAGCCGCCAAGAGGCGAUCUCUAAGUUGGGAUUCGGCGUCCUUCCGCAAAUUCAGACAGCGGAUUGGACGAAAUGCCAACCGCGCUUUCUGCCGCAGAUCCAAGAGCAACCGCGGUAAUACAAGUGCAACCAAUGGACAGCGGGCUCCAGCCAACACAACAGGCAAUAGCCGCGGAAACGGCGUUCAGAAUGAAAGCCAGCGCCUCCCGGACGGCGGCGGUUCCUGGCGCCAACCACAAGAAAACAAUAACCCCGGCGGCAACAACUAUAACGACAGAAACAACAAUGAAUACAAUGGACGCGAUGAGAAUAAUAAGAAUGACGACGAUUACGAUUACAACGACGCUGAUAAGAGCCUCAAGGGUGUGUGGUGGGGAUGCCCAUAUUUCAAACUCGAUCCAGUGACAUAUGCCUCCUGCAAAAGAGCCCACCACAAAAGUGCGGGAAGCAUCAUGCAGCACCUAAGCUCCCGCCAUGUACUCAAAGAGGGCAAAUCUUGUGCACUCUGCAGAACCCAAUGGCAGACUGUGGCGAAGGCAGAAGCACAGCGCGCCACACAUAACUGCCAGGUGCCCACGGGUUUACGGGAACCCAUGACAAAUGAAGAGUUUAAAGAGUUGAAAGACUACCUCAGAAAGCCUGAUGGUAGCCGCUACACUGGCAAAGAGUACUACGAUAGGCUGUGUACUAUGGCGUAUAGAGGCACCAAUGAGCCUCCACCCAAGUCAGGCAGGUUGGAUGCUGCGUGGACGGAGCGUCCUACCAUGGUCGAGUAUGAGGCGCGGAUCAAGAAGUAUGUUGAUGCUUUGGCGGUCCGCGGCUAUAAUGCUGCACAGGUACCCGAGAUUGUCCGCUUGGUGCACGAAUCGCUGCACCAUGAACUGGGCUUGCUGCCCAGACGACAUGAGUUGUUCUCGGAUAGCGCUCCACCCUUGGACCUAACGGGCCAUAGUCCGGCGCCGUUGCCGUCGGUAGAUCUGAAUGAUACCGUGGCGCCGCCGUUCUCGGGUGUACCCGUCGCGCCAAACGAGCUUAACCAGCUUACAAACCGCUUCUACGAAUUGCCGUUCAAUCAUGGUAUGCCUAUUGAGCUGCCACAAGAUUUCGUGUCCGAGAUGCCUGGCGGCGGGGAACUAAAUAACGGGUCUAAUGGAUAUUCUAUGCCGCGCUAUGUUCCCUCGCAGUCGGAGUUUGGGAACAUGAUGGAAGGCAUGGAUCUUGAACGCGGGGCUAUGGAGCCGCCGAUGGGGAAGCAGCUAACGGGAUCUAACGGCAUGAUCAUCGAUACCGACUGCUUGACCAUGCCUAUGCCCACGAAUGAACCUCCUUCGGGUCCCAGUCACGCACCCUCUGGGCAACCCGUGGGAGCGUUUCAAUCAAUGUACAGCGGAUUGCCGCCGCAGACUGCCUCAACACAGCAGUCUGCGUCUGCAUAUUUGAACGGCUUAGUGGUCCACGGAGGACAGAUGUUCCACAAUGGUAACGGUCACUAUGCGCAAAAUCCGCAAAAUCCGCAAAAUCCUCCCAUCUGCUGGUUGAGCAGGGCUGUCGCCUCUAUCGUUGGCAAUAGCUCCAAUGUGAACGAGCUACUCCAAGCCUGGGAUCUUUUUAACGCACAAGCACAUCUUGGUGGUUUUAUGCGUAACCAUCAGUGCGUUCCUAUGCACCAAGCUUGUUUUAAUAGUAUUUGUAAUUGGGGUAGUGGCGGUAAUAUGGUUAAUGCAGCUCAAGCCGGCGUUAAUCAGGAGGGAGGUAUUGCAUCAUCGAGUGCGGUUGUAUAUGAGAUAGGCCAAGAUGGCAGCAUGUCGCAGAACUAUGCGCCUCAAAGUAACAACAAUUGAGCUUCGAGAUCUGGGACGCCUGGGGUCAGCGAAUUGUAGUUACUUCAACAUGACUUAUUCGUCCCAUGCAUUGCAGGAGUUUUUGGAUAAUACUCUACCGACUGUUUUUCUUUCUUUGUAUAUAGCCAUUUUAUAACCAUUUAUUUUAAAUAUAUAUACUGGUUUUGAAUACUAGUUUGAACGCCGGUUUAAAUAGUGGCUUAUUAUAUACUACUCAAGGUAUUUAUUUGAGGCCAGUCGUUUUAAUAAGACAGUAAACAAAAUUGCAAGUCAUUUACUACAUGGAUUAGCCUGUGACAAAUCAGAUACAUAUCCCACCCAUGAUUUUUAUGUACACUCGAUACCAUUCUAUAUUCGAACAUGCCCUUCAAAUUCCACCGCAAUUAUAACGGGCUAGCCGUCACUCGUCGUGCGUGCUGGUCUGUGGCCAACGCAUCACCAUCCGAUCGCAGCCUUUUUUGGUCGUCGGUGAUGGACUCCCAUUCGCCUUUGAUAUCGGAAUCUGAAUUUGCAUCGGGAUCCGCAUUUGUAUCAGAUUCUUCUUGUUUCACAUUCACGACCUCCACAUCGUCAUCGUCAAAGACAAAGCCAAGAGUAUCAGUUUGCCCAACACCUAGCGGCUGGUGGCCCGGCUGUUUCGGCAAGCCAAGCGAAUUUCUCUUGGUUCCAGUUUUUUCUAGAGACAAUGGGAUAGUCUCUUGAUUUGCAGAAUCGCCCUUAUCGAUGCAUCGGGUAGGUAGUAUAUAAGCGACGGCUUGGGCGUCUGAUUCUGCUGGACUGGCUGCAUUUGAAUAAUGGGGCAACUUGAGAUUCGUAAAGAGAUGGCUUAAUUUGAUGGAAGCUGCGGGACGAAGAUGACGAGCUCCGUAAAAUAUCUUUUUAUGAACCCGCGUGGAAAGAACCGUGUCCCUUUCAGAAAAGAUCCUUACGUAGACGCCAUUCCAGCAGGCGAGGUAGACCCCAAUCCGUUUUCCCGAGGCAUCCCGUCCAAUAUCCAGAGUCAUAACUGUGUCCUGAGUCUGGACAUUGGACUGGAUUUGAAUUCCGCGACUAUUGAAACACAUGGCGCCAUCAAACUCCCACGGACGGGAAUCGUUCGCUGGCGUGCUUUGAAAGUGUUGGAAUUCCAAAGGGGAUCGGGCAAGCAGACCACGUGGGAGAUCGCCAACAGAGCUUCUCCAAGCUAGAAGAGAGGUGUCCCGUGUAUUGCGCAAGACCUCUUCCUGAAACCUCAGAAAGGUCGCUUCGGAGCCUUCGCCGUAACGAACUUGCAGCGUCACACCAGCGAGUGCCAGAAGAGAAUAUGCAAUGUCUUCUUCGCGGCGGCAAGUUCGGCGCGCAGCCCAUGACAUUCGAACAGCUAGUGCUGUAUCCCAGAGCGCAUCGGGUUCAACCAGAACAGGAACGGGUAUCCCGGUCACGGUGCUCACAAUGGUCGAUACAUCUGCAUCGUGCUUUUCGCCACAAAGCUUCCAUGAGGCAUCAUAGAAUUGCACAUUUUGCGGGAUAAUAAGCUCCUGUAGUGUCCAAGAACGGGUCCAAUAUCGGCAUUGCGCAAGCCCUUCCUCGUCAAAGCUAUCCUUCUCCAGAUCAUCCAAAUGGACUAUGCACAGGGCGCAUUGCUGCAAUAAGGACAGCGCACCGUUGACUGCCUUUUCUAAGGAUGCCGAUGACGAGGAGUCAAUACACAACCAAUCGGUCCAGAGGUAAUCUAUGCCCUGUUCCAAAGCUAGUCGACUAGCCUCUAUGAUCUUGGGGAGUAGUGCGAGGUAUUUCUUCGACUGCACGUCCACCGCCCAUUGUAUGGCAGCGGGAGGGGGUAGUUUUGUGACGACAUCCCAUGUAUGUGAUAAUAUAGCAUAUUUCGGGAUAUUUGGAGGGAGUAUCUCAAUAAUACGAGACGUCUGGAUCUGCAGUAGCUUCAUUUCCGAACCAGAAAGGGGUGAAUCGUGUUGUGUUGGAUUUUUGUCGUGUUUUUAUAGAGUUUAACGCAAGUCAUUAUCCCCUUUAAUGAUUUCCUGACAUCUAUAUACUAUUCAGCUGUCAAUAUGUAAUUUGUCAUUUUUUUUAUUUUUAGCUCUCCACCACCAAUGUGCUCUUCGUCUAGGUUGUCGUCUGCUUUUCGACGCUGAGGUGAGGCGAUGGGCGUCAAGCACGCUAGCAAACGGUGGAGUUAGCACACAACUGUGCGUUCCACGCCAGCAUAGCCACACUAUCUAUUAUGCAUACACCCUGACCAUUAUUGCGACGUCGCAAG